AUGCGGUGCUUUAUCGUGCUUGCUGCCGCCUCCUUGGCCUCUGUCUCUGCCGCAUUUCCGGAUUCAAGCUCCUUUCGCGCAUUCGGUCCGCAGGGUAUCAAUCUAUGGAAGCUGGAUGUAGCAAGGGAGAAGCACAGCCAAAAGCUCCUUGUAGAUCACUCUAUAGACUCCCAGACGUCCGGACAGCUCCCUUUAUCUGCAGCGCCGAACCAGGAGUUUCCGGAGCACUAUUUCACUCAGCCUCUUGACCACUUUUCGAACAGUUCUCACACCUUUGGCCAGCGCUACUGGAUUAACACUCGGCACUACAAGCCAGGCACUGCCGCCCCAGUCAUUGUCCUCGAUGGCGGAGAGACAUCAGGGGAGGACCGAAUCCCGUUCUUGGACACUGGCAUCGUCGAGAUACUUGCUAGAGCCACAGGUGGUGUAGGCGUUGUAUUGGAACACCGCUACUAUGGGAACUCCGUGCCCGUGGAGAACUUCACGACAGACUCCCUGAGAUGGCUUAAUAAUGAACAAUCGGCCGCUGAUUCCGCCUACUUCAUGGCCAAUGUAAAGUUCCCUGGGGUUGACGAGGACCUCACUGCCCCUAGUCACCCUUGGAUUUACUACGGAGGGUCUUAUGCCGGUGCGCGUGCGGCGCACAUGAAGAUUCUCUAUCCGGAUCUCGUAUAUGGCGCGAUUGCCUCCAGUGGUGUUACGCACGCGGAUUUCGAAAACUGGCGGUACAUGGAUAUAAUUCGGCGCGCCGCCGAACCAGAGUGCUCCGCCAAUCUCGUGCACUCCGUCGAGUUCAUCGACACCGUGCUCUCCAUCCCACACCUGCGCAUUGCGUUGAAGCAGCUCUUCGGCCUCAAAGAACUCGAGCAUGAUGAGGACUUUGUUUCGCUGUUGUCGAGCCCCAUGGGCUACUGGCAGGCGAAGGUGUGGGACCCGAGCGUCGGCAGCACGGGCUUUGAGGAGUUCUGCGCUGCUCUUAGUAAGCCGCUCGGAAGUGGAGACCUCACAGCGCAUGAGGUGAUCGGAUACAAUGUCGAGACUCAAAUGAUUGCACUACCAGGAGGCUUGAACGUACCGAAGGUGGUUUACAACUAUGCGCAAUUCAUCAAGGAGAACUACGUGUCUCGUUGCCCUGAGGGCACAUCGGUUGAUGAGUGCUUCGGCACUUACGACGACUCUGCCUUCCAAGAUACAUCCCUCGACGCGACGUGGAGACUCUGGCAAUUCCAAGUCUGUACUCAGUGGGGAUAUUUCUUCAACGCUCCCCCACCGGAGAUUCCGAGCAUCGUCUCACGCCGGCUUACUGUGGACUACGAGGCCAAGACUUGCAAGCAGGCUUACACACCGGGCGAGCACUUCAUUGUGCCUUCUAUGCCGAAUAUAACCGCUGUGAAUAUUCUCGGCGACUAUUACAUCGCUGCGGACAGACUGGCAAUCAUUGACGGCGAAGUCGACCCAUGGAGACCUGACACUCCUCAUGCGGACGAAGCUCCUCUCCGCGCAGAUACAAUCCUCCGUCCCUACAAGGUUAUCCCCGGAGGUGUUCAUCACUACGACGAGUACGGCUUGCGCGAUCUCUCAGCUGAGCCACCAGAGAUCGAGAAGAUCCAUCUGGAGAUGAUCGAGUUUGUGACGGAGUGGCUGAAGGAUUGGCAGCCUCCCAAGAGGAAGAGCUGA